GCUAGCUGAUUUGUCAAAGGAUAAGUAAAAACAGGCAGACAAGUUGGAAUUUCAUGGAGUCAGAAGAAGAGAAUGAGGUGAUGGCAGUCAGUGAACCAGAACUUUAUGAUUUUGCGUUUAGAUGUGUAGUCCAGGCUGUGGUUCAGUCUAUAGCGCAGUCAGCUGCUCCAAGGGCUGGUAUUUUGUCUGGUGGCCAGUCAGGAGGUAGAGAGAUGGACAGCCCUCAGAGAGCUUCUAAUGAUAGACAGACUGAACAUCUUCAUCUGUCGGCUGAAUCACAUGCCACAGGAAGAGAUGAGAUGACUGGCAGUCCUCAGUAUAGACUUCACACUUCUACUGCGGGCGAGAAUAGACAUACUGAUGAUACUCGGAAUGCAUCCCUACAUUCCAUGACAUUACCUACUGUUUUUCACUCAGAUGUCUAUGAACCUGGACAGAUGGGGAGUGCACCUGCUAGGGUAGAAUUUGAAAACCAGAUUUAUGAUGUUCCUCCUAGAGGCUUAUAUGUUUCAAAAUUUUUGAGACAGAUAUAUCAAGGUGAUGAAGGAAUAUUUAGUACUGAGCACCAUACAUAUCCAGUUUCAAGGUCAAACCAAGGUCAAUCUGACACAGACAUGAGGAUGUCAAGGUUAAGAAAUCCUCAGAGAGAUCCUGGAUUUGAGGAAGAUUUUGAUGAAAGAAGGCAUGUAUCACAGCAGAUGGAUGGUCUCAGUUCUGAAUGGCAUGAUCUAAGCAGAGACCAGUAUGGAGACUUGGAGGGUAAUGAAAAUGGACACCAGUAUAGCUUUAGAAUGAGGGAAGGACCAAGAGAAAUAGCAAGUAGAGAGAACAGACUAAAAAACAGAAGAAAUAGAUCAAAUCAAAUAACAGAUCAUAGUACAGUAGAAAAUACAGAGGAAACAGGUCAGGUUAGACAGACUUACAGUAGACAAGAAAGGGACAGACUGGACGAUAAUAGGAGGAGACCAGACGAACUGAACAGAAGGAAAAGAAACAGACGAGUCAGUGUUAGACGUAGUCCAGCAUUACAAAGUGGACAAGACAGAGGCCAAGAGACCAACAAUAGCCAAAGUAGAUCAGUACAUUGUAGAAGUGAGAGAGACAGUCACAUAAGACUGGGAGACAGACAGUUCAGUCAUGGUCACAACAGACAUAACAACGGGUCAGCCUCUGCUUUAGGGAGUCUCUAUAUUACAGACUCUGGUCAAAGUGAGGAACACCAGAGGAGUGUUCCUAAUGUAACGGAGGGAGGGAGGAAUGACCGGGAGGGCCAUCGUCAGGUAGACUCUAACCCUGGACCCCUGGGAGGGAGGAAUGACCGGGAGGCCCAUCAGGUGGACUCUAACCCUGGACCCCUGGGAGAGAGGAAUGACUGGGAGGCCCAUCAGGUGGACUCUAACCCUGGACCUCUGGGAGGGAGGAAUGACCGGGAGGCCCAUCAGGUGGACUCUAACCCUGGACCUCUGGGAGGGAGGAAUGACCGGGAGGCCCAUCAGGUGGACUCUAACCCUGGACCCCUGGCCACGCUGUUCCUCCAGCUCCUACACCAGUUCUACCAGGAGGUCAUGAUGUGGAUUUAUGUAACGACAGUGUGGCACCCUGAUCAGGGGAACCUUAGACACAUGCUCAGAAUCAUCGCUAAUAUCAUACAGGAGCCAUAUGUUUCCGUGACAACCAGCAUGGUACAAGGCUUUAUAAUGGGGACCAGUAUAAGUCAUGCGGGCCAUUUUCGGCUUUUGAUUCAGAUUUUGAAUCCGCUUACUGCACAUCACUCACUCUCCCCAACCCUGGCUUCCUUAUUCAGGGUACAGAGCCUCAUGUUCAGUAUCAACCUAGCGCCGCGGCAGCUGCUUCAUAGAUUUUCUGACAUCGUGAGGAAUGCCAUGAUUGUCAUGAUACAGCAGCACAGUGCACGAAUUAUUGACCAACCAGGAUGCCCAGGCACACGGAGGAGAACUCGUGACAGGAAUAGUGGUCCACAGAAUGAAAUUGGCCCCGAGCCUAGGGCCUUUCAACCCCCACACCUGAUGAAUCCCCGCCAGAUUCACCCCGCGUCUCUACAUCCCCACCUCCAUGGGGCACCACAACAAGUCAUGUUUGACAUGGAACAGGUUCCUGUGAGCACACCGGUAUCAAUGACGCCAUAUGCAAUCCCAGUGUGCACGGGACCUCAUCUGCCAGUGUGCACCGGGGCCCACCACCCAGUCUGUAGCACGGCGCCCACGUGGUCCAUCCCAGGCUGUGGUGUGCCCCUCCCGUCCUGUAAUAUGCAGCACAUCCCCACAUGUAGCCUGCCACAGAUUCCAUUUCAUCCAGGCUCCAUCCCACCUCUGUUCCAUCAUCACCCGGCCGCCAAUCAUAUACCUCCACAACAUCUAGCUCCACCCACUCAUUUUAAUCCAAGUGCUCGAGGGCACUCUGAGGAAGAAGUUACUGGUCUCCUUGACCAGCGAUCCCGGUUUCCCCUUCACCCAGGGACAUUACACCCUCACGGUGCAACGCCGUUUACUGCCUCUGCCCCGGUCAUGCUGCAGGAGCCACAUGUUCACCCGACACCUCAUGAUAUUUAUGGUCCAUUUCAGCGUCACUUUGCUCGUCAGCGUACCAGUGGAAGAAAUGGUCGUCUCCGUUCACUCCCCCUUCCUCCUCCUCCUUACCCAGGAUUCCUCUUACACUUCCUGGCCAUGUUGGGUAAUCCUCCAAUGCCCUAUGGCAGAGACUUCCAUGAAGACGCCACAGAAGUGGAAAAUUACGAGGCAUUGCUGAACUUGGCGGAGAGAUUAGGAGAGGCCAAGCCAAAGGGUCUGACCAAACAUGAGAUUGAGCAGCUGCCCGCCUACAGGUUCAACAAAGAGAACCACCACUCUGAUAUGGACCAGACCUCCUGUGUCGUGUGCAUGUGCGAUUUUGAAAAUAGACAAUUAUUACGGGUCCUGCCAUGCAGUCAUGAAUUCCAUGCCAAGUGUGUUGACAAGUGGCUGAAGACAAACAGAACCUGCCCCAUUUGCAGAGCGGAUGCCACAGAAAUAGCCAGCCAGUCAGACUGAAGAAUCAAAGUCACAGCACAAAAGUGUUUCUUAUUUAUUGUACGGUCAAACUGGUUUUAUUUCUAAAAAAAAAAAAACUGAAACAGAUGUAGGAAAGCAAAAAAAAAAAUGAUUUGGUGCAUAUAUUAUUUGUUAUUAUUGAAUGUUUCUUUUAAUAUUAGUAUUAGAUGCUUUGAUAUAUAUAAAAAAUAUAUUAUUUCACUUAAUAUUUGAGCGUACAGCUAUACAAUGCUUUUUUGUUUUUAUCCACUAUAAGAAGUAUAUCCCUGUUUUUUGUUGAGGUGAAAGGUUUUUUUCUUCCUUGCAUAAUGAACUGAUGCGGUUGAUUCAGGGAUUCUUUUUUCUUAUCAUAAAUAUUAUAUGAAGCCAGUACCCAUAGCCUAUCAUCUUUAUUAAUUGUGUACAUUUAUUGUUCAUGUAAGUUUUUGGUCAGUAAAAUGGUAAAUGACAAAAUUUAUUUAUGUACUGUAAUACUUGAGUAGGCUUGUAAAGAAAAAAAUCCAUUGGCAACUUGCUUAUGGAAGUCUAAAUAAAUAAAAUAUUCACUUAAAAACCAAAAAUAAUGCUUAAAAACAAUCAGAAAAUUAAAAAGUAGGAAGAAGAUGGUUGUUUUGUUAUGGCAUCGAGCACUUCAAAAAGCUUACCUAAUUUCUUCUUCUUUUUUUUUUUUUUUGACAAUCAGCACCAACUUGAACUCAAUAUUUAAAGUAGUGCCUUUGCGUAAAAACAGUGUAGGCUCAAGAAUCAAGAUGUUUGUUUUGUUUGGGGGGAGGGGCUUUGUUUACGUGUCCGUGUGUUGUUGUGUACACAUAUUUGUACAUGUAUAACAUUGGGUAGUGUUAUCCACUUGUUCUGAAAUUAUAUACAGAUUUUAAUGCAAAGUUUUCUUUUAUUAUCCAAGGGAACUAGAAUUUAAGACCUUGUUAAUAUUUGUUACUUGUAAUAAAUUUAUUAUAAUUCUUAGAACUAAAAAGAAGUAUUUAUUGCAUUUUAGGCCAAUUCAAUUUAAAGAAAAUUCAGUAUUAAAGUGUUUAUAUGUAUUUCUUUUGUUUAGAGCAAUGCAAAUUUAUUGACAAGUUUUACUUUUGUCACAAAAUUGAAUUGGCCUUUAUUCAGAUUAAUAUAUAUUAUAGGAAUUUUUUUCUUGUUUUGUUUUCAACAUUUUGUUUAACGUGAGCAGUCUUGCAUUAAGAGAUGUUUACAAGGGAGAUAAAUGAAAAACAUGAAACAACAUUUUAAGAUCUGUUUUGUUACAAUGAACCAGUGUAAAAAUAGAACAGCAAUCAAAAUUAUAUACUGUCAGUAGUAUUUACCUUGAAUGAUAAAUCUACAACUUUUUAAACCCUAGACUUUAGCACUAAUUUGGUACAAUGUAACUAUUUUUUUCCUUAUUAUUUUAAUAUGUAUUAAUUACAAACAAAGUACUGUGUUUCAGGGCUGCAUUGUUUCAGCAUUACUUAAACUGUAUCCGUA